ACAAACAGCAGGCAUGAGGAAGAUGAUUGAGCGCCUUGAAGCUUCAAAACGGAAACUCUCAGGAGAAAGUUUGAACUCAUGUUCCCUACAAGAGCUGCAAGAGAUAGAAGAACAGCUGCGUAAGAGUGUGAAAAACGUUCAAGAAAGGAAGAAUCAGAUGUUUAAGGAGAAAAUGGAGAAACUUAAAGAAAAGGAAAAAGCCCAAACAGAAGAAAAUGCAAGGCUCUCUGUGAAGUUUGCGCCGAUGACAAAGCAAGCAAGACAGAAUUUGAGUGUGAAUCCAGCAUCCACAUCAGAAAUUAAUAUUUCAUCUUUGGAUGUGGAGACUGAUUUGUUCAUCGGACUUCCAGAGAGAAGAACAUGACCUAUUCCUUAAGUAAAGUUGAAGAUUAUGAAAUCCACAUUUAUUAGUAAUCUGAUAUAUAUUAUAUAUAUAAUAUGAAAAUUUUAAUAAGCCACACUAUUCAUAAAUUAUAAAUAAUGUGGCAUAUUUCUUAGCUUUCGUACAAUGCAAAGGAUGUGCACCAUUGUUUCAAUAAUGUAGAGAGACUAUAGAGGAGAGGAACCACAAUCUCUCUUUCCAAAAGACCAAAAAUGGUGGUUCGAAGAGUGGAUAGUACUGUGAUAAAAUAAGGCUCAUCUCUAUGGUCCAUGUAAUCAAGUGACAUGAAUUUUGCUUACUUGAAAUACUUUGACGUUUUUUACGUGU